AUGAUCAUCAACAAGCAACAACGCCUCCAGAGUGGCAGCGGGCCUGCGGAAAUGCAGGAUGAAGGUCAUUCUGACAAUCCAGAGGAUAGUUCAGACAGCGACUUUGAGAGAAUCUGUAAGAACCCGCUCGAGAAAGCUUUCUUUGACAAAAAGCACAUCGAGAAACUGCUAGCAUCCGGUACCUUCGUGAUCAUUCUUCAGACAGUACGGAGCAAAAAUAGUCACUGUCGCGCGUGGAACUGCCCACCAAGGAUAAUAACCGGCAUGCCGAACAUACGGUCAGAUUUUCGGUUCAACCUUAAGGAUUUAUCAGGCCGACAUUAUCAACCCAAUCAAUAUUAUCAUAUCACGUGUAUGGAACAAAUCUUCCUUGACCUUUCUCCGCUAGUGCGUAACGGCCAGCUGAAGAUGGAGGGAGGCAUUACUUCUGUGAACCGGUUUUGUUGGAGUGUAGAACGCUUCCAUAGCGCAAUUGAGGAUUGGUUCGAGUACGCCGGUCGCACAUUUGAUGUGAAAUGCUAUGAGAAUUACAACAAGGCCCAUGAGAAGUGGAGCCGGAAAUCAAGCGUCAUCAUGAUUGACCAUCAACUGAAAAACCAUGAGGGUGAUACCGAAAAUUGCGAACAAUGCGAAAAUAUACCAGAUGAGCCGUGCAAAUGUGAUUACUUCCCCAGAGAACCUCGAGCAUACGCGCUUAGUGAAGUGCUUGCAUCAGUUGCAGGUGUACCACAUGUCGACGGAUUAUUACGGAAAAGUCCCAAGCGGAAGAAAAACCAUCAGAGGCAAGAUCAAGAAAGUCCAAUAGCAGUACAACCAGGAUGUCCUGAGAAACGUGUCAAAGCUGCCUAAACGGUUAUAUACAAGAUUAGAGCGUAUUCGGAGUGAAUUCUAGUCUCAGGGUUGAUGAGCUUGAUGAGACCUAGUGAAUAGCAUUCCUGAAGUCGUCUUUUCCUGACAUCUAUCACCUUCCUUUAAAGCAGUGAAGUGGAUACAAAGGCAAAGGGACUAUUAAUUGUUACAGUUUUCCAUAAACGGAUCUUAAUUCCACUCUUUACCUGGAGCA